GCGUCUCACGUGACAGGGGUGCAUAAGGAAGCUAUUAAUUGUCCCGGCAGCCUUUGCGUUUCCCUUUUUUCCCCCCUCAGCCCGGCGUCCAAGAUGUCUAAGCGAGGACGUGGGGGUUCCUCUGGUGCGAAAUUCCGCAUCUCGCUUGGCCUGCCUGUGGGAGCUGUUAUCAAUUGUGCAGAUAAUACAGGGGCCAAAAAUCUGUACAUCAUCUCUGUGAAAGGCAUUAAGGGGCGCCUGAACAGGCUGCCAGCUGCUGGUGUGGGAGACAUGGUAAUGGCUACUGUCAAGAAAGGCAAGCCAGAGCUCAGGAAGAAGGUGCAUCCAGCGGUAGUAAUUCGGCAGCGGAAAUCAUACAGAAGAAAGGAUGGUGUGUUCUUGUAUUUUGAAGACAAUGCAGGGGUGAUAGUGAACAACAAAGGAGAAAUGAAAGGUUCUGCUAUCACAGGUCCUGUAGCCAAGGAAUGUGCAGAUCUCUGGCCCAGGAUUGCCUCCAAUGCUGGCAGCAUUGCAUAAACAUAACAACUAUUUUUGCAAAUCAAAUAAAAUAAUUAUACCAAA